GGUUGAGAGCGAGAGAGCCUGAGCCAGAGACGAUAUCCAGAACGAAGGAGAGAGAGAGAGCCCUCUUCGAAACCCUAAUUUCAUCCCCAAAUUCUCCGAUUUGGAUCCAUUGCCCCUUUUUCCGGUCCAUUGAGAGGUGGUUCUUCGCCGGAAUUGGUUUUUUUUCAUCGCCGGAGAUGAUCUCAGCUUGAUUUGUAGAUCUCGGUGGGUAUGGGAACCCUAGGAAUUGGUGGAUUUCUUGGUUUUGAUGACAUGUGGUUCCUCGUUCUUGGGGGAUGAGAAGGGUUGGUUCGUGAAGGUUCGGCGUGAGGUGAUGGGUUUUUGGGUUGGUUGGAGUUUGUUGGUUUGAGAUUUGUGGGGAGAGGAGGAGGAGGAGAUGGAUGAGAACGGUGCAUCAUUUGUGGCGGUGAGGAGGUUGUCGCAGGGCUUGGAUCGAGGUGGCGGGUGUCAUUCAUCUUCAGCUGAGGUUGUUCAUGGGUCAUCAGCCUGGAUUGGGCGAGGGCUUUCUUGUGUUUGUGCUCAGAGAAGGGAUAGUGAUGCUCGUUUAUCAUUUGACCUGACUCCGUCUCAGGAAGAAUGCUUGCAAAAGCUACAAAAUCGCAUUGAAGUUUCUUAUGAUAGUUCCAAGGUUGAACACCAGGAAGCUUUAAGGGCCCUGUGGCAUGCUGCUUUUCCAGGAGUUGAGCUUCGUGGCUUGAUAUCUGAACAAUGGAAGGAAAUGGGUUGGCAAGGAAAGGAUCCAUCUACAGAUUUCAGGGGUGGUGGCUUUAUUUCAUUGGAGAAUCUAUUGUUCUUUGCUAAGACCUUUCCUAAAUCAUUUCAAGAUCUUCUUCGUAAGGAGGAGGGUGACCGAGCUAUGUGGGAGUAUCCAUUUGCGGUUGCUGGUGUGAACAUCACUUUCAUGCUUAUACAGAUGCUUGAUCUUCAAGCUGUUAAACCAAGGACCUUGAUGGGGGCAAUUUUCUUAAAGCUACUCUCAGAAAAUGAUCGGGCCUUUGAUCUUCUUUACUGCAUUACGUUUAAGUUGAUGGAUCAGCAGUGGUUGGCCAUGCACGCAUCCUACAUGGACUUCAAUGCAGUCAUGAAAGCCACACGGCGCCAGUUGGAACGAGAGCUGCUGCUCGAGGAUAUUCAAUGUCUGGAAGACAUGCCUUCUUACAAGCUUCUCUCUCGAUAAAAACAUAGUACCUAUGGCUUUGGAUCUCAUCUAACAACCCUUUUUUUUCGCCUUUCCCACUUUUCCUAUAUUCCAUGUUAUUUUCCUACUGUCAUUGUUGUUGUUUGUGAUCUUUAUUUCUGAACAGGAAUGGGUAAAAUUUUCAUUAGCAGGCGGAUUCACUGCUAGCUUUCUUUC